UUAUACAUAGAUGGCGCUAAAUCGUCAUACAAAAUUAUUGGUUAUGUGAACUCAGGCACUUAAAAUCGAAUAAAAAUUACUUAAUCGCACUUUACAAACGGGUUUUUGCGCACGAAACAAUUAAUUUUCAUCAUAAUGAGCUUGCCCACAAAAGCAUUAACAACAACCCUAGGGAUUACCGUUGUAGGAAUAGCUGGAUAUUUGAUUUAUCUUCUUUUUAAAUCCGACGAAGAUGAUGAUUACAAUAACACAAUCCCGAGAGCGGGUAAACACAAGAUAGUACAUGUUGGAGUGCCAAAAGGUGUUGUUGGAGCGUUAAUUGGUCGAAAUGGAAGCAAUAUUAAAAAGAUUCAAGAUGAAUCAAACACGCGGAUUAACACCAAGGAUCUUGAGAAUAACCCAGAGAAAAUUUUUGUGAUUAGUGGCUCAGCUGAAGGAUGUAUUAUGGCAGAGAACCUUAUUAGGGAUUUUGUUCGAAAUCAACCGAUGGUGGAAUGUUUUGAUAUGGAGGUUCCACAUAGAUGUGUUGGGAAAAUAAUUGGAAGAUGUGGGGAACAAAUUCAAGAGAUUUCUAGCCUCUCAGGAGCAAAAAUCAAUUUUGCUAAUGAUGAUAAAUCAGCAGCAAUGAGGAGAUUAUUUAUUAGGGGAACUAAGGAACAAAUCAAUUUGGCCAAAGCUUAUAUUGAAGAUAUCAUUAAUAAGUUUGAUAGUGUACAUAAAAAAAUGGAAAAUAGCUUAGCAAAAAGAGAACCUAGGGCUCCUGCUAAAAAUGGGGGCGUUAUUAAUUCAGUCGAGAGUCCUAAAGUUGAAAGAAUUUCACCUUUACCUGGACAACCUGAUUCUCAAUUUGAUGUGUAUGUAUCAGCAAUGAUUGAUCCUUCUCAUUUUUGGGUACAAUUAGUAAGCCCUAAAGCCACUGAACUCGAUCAAUUAGUUGAAGAUAUGACUGAGUAUUAUUCAAAAAAAGAUAAUCGCGAUUUUCACAUCCUUGAUAAUCUCCAACCUGGUGAUUUAGUUGCUGCACUUUUUAAAUAUGAUAAUAAAUGGUAUAGAGCUGAGGUUUUAAAAAUUCAUAACUCCCAAGUAGAGCUUUAUUACGUUGAUUACGGCGAUACAGACACUACAGAAUGUUCAGACGCUUACGAACUUCGCACUGAUUUUCUUCAACUUCAUUUUCAAGCGAUUGAAUGUUAUUUGGGUAGGGUGGAACCUACGGAGGGUUCUUGGUCGGAAGAAGCGGUCGAUAAAUUUGAAGAAUGGACUCACGUGGCUCAAUGGAAAAAAUUAUCGGCGAAAAUUAAUGGGUACACUGUUCGCGAGAAAGUAAGGGCAAAACGCGAAGGUUCUCCUGUCCCUGGAGUCGAGUUAUUCGACGUCAGUAACGAUCAGGAUAGAAAUAUUGGGGAGGAAUUGGUCAGACAUGGAUACGCGGUGUUUAAAAAGGAAGAAAUGGGAAGUCGGGCUACUAGUAUGAGUAAUGUUAGCCUCGAGUCGUGUUAAUUUUUUUUAUAUCGUACAAAACAUAUUUAAUUUUUGUUUGUAAAUAGCGGUUUCUUUUUGAGAUAGUAUUAAAAAUGUAGAUACUUAACCGUAAAAAAAGAUUUGUGCCUUGAAUUAAUCAUUAAUUUUCAAAAUUAGCUUGUUGAAGUUACUAUUAAUAAAUGACGUUAUGUUAUAUUAUUAAAGGUUUUGCUUAAAUACAAAUUAUUCUAUUUUCAAUUA